GCGACUGCGCCCCAUAAAACCCGGCGGCGCGACGCACAGCCACAGCCGAGACCGCGUCCACUCCGCCAGCACAGGCCCCUCGCCCUUGCCGCUCCGCCUUCGCCGCCGGUCUACACCGCUACCAGUUCGCCAUGGAUGACGAUAUUGCUGCGCUCGUGGUCGACAACGGCUCCGGCAUGUGCAAGGCCGGCUUUGCGGGCGACGAUGCUCCCCGGGCCGUCUUCCCCUCCAUCGUGGGGCGCCCCCGACACCAGGGCGUGAUGGUGGGCAUGGGCCAGAAGGACUCCUACGUGGGGGACGAGGCCCAGAGCAAGAGAGGCAUCCUGACCCUCAAGUACCCCAUCGAGCACGGCAUCGUCACCAACUGGGACGACAUGGAGAAGAUCUGGCACCACACCUUCUACAACGAGCUGCGUGUGGCCCCCGAGGAGCACCCCGUGCUGCUGACCGAGGCCCCCCUGAACCCCAAAGCCAACCGUGAGAAGAUGACCCAGAUCAUGUUCGAGACCUUCAACACCCCAGCCAUGUACGUGGCCAUCCAGGCCGUGCUGUCCCUGUACGCCUCUGGCCGCACCACUGGCAUCGUGAUGGACUCCGGAGACGGGGUCACCCACACGGUGCCCAUCUACGAGGGGUACGCCCUGCCCCACGCCAUCCUGCGUCUGGACCUGGCUGGCCGGGACCUGACCGACUACCUCAUGAAGAUCCUGACGGAGCGGGGCUACAGCUUCACCACCACGGCCGAGCGGGAGAUCGUGCGGGACAUCAAGGAGAAGCUGUGCUACGUCGCCCUGGACUUCGAGCAGGAGAUGGCCACUGCCGCGUCCUCCUCCUCCCUGGAGAAGAGCUACGAGCUGCCCGACGGCCAGGUCAUCACCAUCGGCAACGAGCGCUUCCGCUGCCCCGAGGCGCUCUUCCAGCCCUCCUUCCUGGGCAUGGAAUCCUGCGGCAUCCACGAAACUACCUUCAACUCCAUCAUGAAGUGCGACGUCGACAUCCGCAAGGACCUCUACGCCAACACGGUGCUGUCGGGUGGCACCACCAUGUACCCAGGCAUCGCCGACAGGAUGCAGAAGGAGAUCACGGCCCUGGCGCCCAGCACGAUGAAGAUCAAGAUCAUCGCGCCUCCAGAGCGCAAGUACUCCGUGUGGAUCGGCGGCUCCAUCCUGGCCUCGCUGUCCACCUUCCAGCAGAUGUGGAUCAGCAAGCAGGAGUACGACGAGUCCGGCCCCUCCAUCGUCCACCGCAAAUGCUUCUAGGCGGACUUGCAGCCCUGGCCUCAUUCUCUCGGGACCUGCAGGGAAGCAGCCAUGGAGGGCAGGGUCUCCCUGGUUAAGAAGAAGAAAACCAAGCCUGGACUACCUCCUGUCUGCUGAGAAGCUGUGAUGGACGCAGGCAAGAGGGUGAGGCCCCCCAGGAGGGGCACCCGUCUUGCCCCCACACCUCCAGAGGGAGUGAGGCACAGAAACCCACCCCUAGGUCCAUCCAGAUUUGAGGCCCUGAGGGGGCCCCUUCCGGUGAACCUCUCCAGGUUUACCCUUCACCUUGGGGGCCGAGGCCCUUGGGGACGGGUCCAUUCCAGGUCUGGAGGAACGUGAGAAAUGGAACUGUCAGCGCAAAGGUGGGGAGGAGACUGCGGGCCGUGGGGAUGGGCCCCCAAACCACAUGGGCGCCCCAGGCGGGCUUCCCAGUUCAGUCAGUACCUGCCGUCCUGUCCAGAAGGGGCCUAUUCCCCAGGGUGUCCCGAGCUGCCUCUCACCUGGGCAGAAAGAAGAGCAGAGUCAGAGGCCCCGGAACCGGGGUCUGGGAAGGGAAGCCCCUCGGGCCAGUUCUGGCUCUUCUGCUCUCACUCAGGGGUAGUGGGGAACCCUGGCCCCUGGGAGCUUUGUAGCGGGGAUGGCUUAACCAUUUCACAGCUAGUAGCUGAGUGCCUACUGUGUGCUGAAGUUUGGGACACAGACGAGGGGCUGCCAGUCUGGAAACAAGGAUCCCCCCCGCCCUCAGGAGGUGCCGGAGAAUAAACAUGAAGGUACAACUCCCAGGGGUUGGUAAUGAGAAGAAGGGAAGAGCAGAGGCUGGGUGGUUAACAAAACGGAGAGAUGCAGGUUAAAAAAAAAAAAAAGCAAUCAUCGUUUUGCUUCUUUUGAAUAACAAAUAAGGUAAUAAAAAGACCAGAAACCAAGCGGAUGGGGGUGGGUCCCUCUUAAGCCGGGGGCUUCCUUGGAGGGAGGGGGCUGGGAGCUGGUCCCCAGACGCCAGAUGACAGUCACCUGGGCAGGUGGGGGGUGGUCUCAGGCAGAGGCCCUGGCGAUGAAUGGGAGGGUGGUGGCCUUGUGUCUGGUCUUUGUGGCCCUGGGAGGUCACGUCACUGUACCCGCCCAGUGGAGAAAUGGGAACGUGGGUAGCAGCUGGAGGGGUGCUUGUGGGCAGGCGCUUCCCUGUGAAAGGACACACAUCGGACCCUUUAGGUCCUGCUCCUCCUGCCCCGCUCCCCAGGGGUCAGCUGAUCCUCUGAGCCUGGCUGAGCCAGAGGAAGGCCCACUGCCUUCUGCUUUCCUCGGCACCCACUUUACAGAUCAGGAAACCAAAGCCAAAGGGGGACAAGGACCCUGGCCCCUGGUUACCCGCCUGCCACGUGAGGAAGCUGGCGAUGGACCCUGGCACCCGUGAAGCCCAGCAGAUCAACGGCCAGACACGGCCUGGUUCAGCCCCACAGAGGGACCUCCCCUGCUUUACAGACGUGCAGCAUCUCUGCUCCGACCCGAGGCCACCUCGGCCUGGGUGGUGUGCUCCUGCUUCCCAGGUGGCUGGCUCCCCCAUGAGGCCACUCUGAUCACCUGAGGGCCACUUCUCAAGGCGCUGAAACCGCCUCUCCCGGGACGGUCCCUCCUCUGCGAGGCAGCCCUGGCCUGGAUGGAACAGGCGCCCUGAGAGCGGGGAGUCCUGGCCAGCGUGGGGCUGGGAGCCCAGGGGGUUCCCUUCCCCCCCGACUCGUCCUCCUGGAGCCCAGAGGUGAAGAUGCAGGGAGGCCGCUCCUGCUGUCAGACAGGCGUCCCUCUGAAGCCCUGAGGCACCUCGGAGGGGCAGUGGCAGCAUUUGAACACACGCGCUGGCCUGGGAUCAGCCAAGGGACUGGGGACUGAGGACAGCCAGGGCCCCUGCCAGUGGCUGGUGUCUUUGCUUCCCAUGCUCCGCUUAUUGAACAUGCAACCUGUGCUUCUGCAGCUCCACUGGGAGGGAGGGAGGUGAUGUGGGGACGGGCUGGCCCUCCUGGGGCUUAUAGUCCUGCUGCUCUGCCCCCUGGGGUCACACAUGGCUGUUUACGUUUCAGUAAAUCACAGGUAAGAGCCUGGAGUUGGAGUUACA